ACAGUGAUGAAAGUACCCUUCGGUCACACUUUAGCAAGGUCCCUUUAACAACUUCAGAUUGGAAAGUUACUUAAAUGCUCUUUUCGGGAUGCAGUUUGGCCAGCUGGACACGCACAUCUGAGUGAUUCUGCGGUAUGCAGAGGUGGAAUGUAAUGCUUUGCAUGGAGAGGAGUCCGGAGUGCCCGCAUGUCCGUAUGAAUGAGGGAGCCAUGGCAGACCACACGCCCCCCCUGGAGCCUGGCCGACUGCCCGCGUCCGACUACCCUCUGCUCGGGCCCCCACCUCCAGCUGGGAUGGUCAAUGGCGACGGGCCGCAGCAGGUGAUUCUGGUGCAGGUGAAUGCGGGCGAGGCCUUCACCAUCCGCAGAGAUGAUGGUCAGUUCCAGUGUAUCACAGGGCCAGCUCAGCGGGAAUUUCACCCGGGAAGCCACUCCCCGCUGCACCCCCCCUCCCCGCUGCACCCCGCCUCCGCGGGCCCGGCCCCGCCCCACAGCCACCUCUCCACCUUCAUACCUCACCCUGCCAUGCUUCCCCAACCCCUUGCCAUUUACCCUGCCGUGGUGAGCGGAGCCGGAGACAUGGCGUCCCCGUUCAUCCCUCAGUACCAUCCGCUGCAGUUCUGCGAGCAAGAUUCCCAUUCCUCACAUGCUCGUGCAGGAUUUGUUCCCAGGGACGAAAGGACUAGCAAAACAUACGAGCGUUUGCAAAAAAAGAUCAAGGAGCGGCAAGGGGGUCCAAACAAGGACAAAAGCGGCAGCCCGCCGUCGUCCCCGCAGAAGAGCGCGGGCAGGACCUCCUGGCUGGACGGCCGGAACGGGACGGGAAAGGGACAGGAACCGGGAGCGGCCUCCGCGACGACCACUGCUGCAAAAGCAGAACUCGAUGAAAAAUCCAUGGCAUUCCAAGUACUGUUGUCUGCUAUCAGCAAACCAGUUGUGACGGACAUUCAGGCCCGAUCUGCCGUCCUCACGUGGAGCUCGCCUUUGGUGUCAGACAGCGGAGAUGGAAAUGGCGGGAGUGAGAAUGACCCCCAUGAUCCGCUCAGCUAUGAAGUUAUGGUCUCUAAUACUGGCAAGGACGAGAAGUACAAGACCGCCUACAGUGGUGAAGACUUGACUGUGACUUUAGAAGCCCUCAGACCAGCAACUGAUUAUCAUGCAAGGGUGGGGGCACUCUGUGACCAUUUACAGGGGUAUCCCUCCGAGACUGUGAGCUUCACCACCCUCAGCUGUGAGCCGGACACCCCCGCUGCCCCCAGGAAGUCCAGCGGCAACAAAAACACCAUCCUUCUUCAGUGGAAGGCUCCUUGUGAUAAUGGAUCUAAAAUACAGAAUUACGUUCUGCAGUGGGAUGAGGGCAAGGGAAAUGGCGAGUUUGAGCAAUGCUACUACGGACCCCAGAAGCAGCAUCGUGUGGCCAAGCUUUUACCGGCGUCCAAAUAUACGUUCCGUCUGGCUGCCAAGAAUGACCUGGGGACAAGCGCAUUCAGCGAGCCCAUCAGCCUGUUCACCUCCUGCAGCGUGCCUGCCUCCCCACCCCGGCCAGCGCUCCUCAAGGCAGGAGUUACCUGGCUAACCCUGCAGUGGCAGCGGCCAGCCUCUUCGCCCAAGGAUGACGACAUCCUGUACACCCUGGAGAUGGAGGAUGAUGGCUCAGGUUAUGGCUUCAAGCCGAAAUAUGACGGUGAAGAAGUUUCCUACACAAUUAAGAACCUUUGUCGCAGUACAAAGUACAAGUUCCGGGUAAUUGCCUACAACACAGAAGGAAAGAGUGUUCCCAGUCAGGUGGCCGAAUUUACUACGUGCCCCGACAGACCUGCUCGACCCGGCCAGCCUGCGCUGAAGGGAAGGCUGCACUCGCAUAGCUUCAGAUUGGCCUGGGAGGCCCCAAAAGAUGAUGGCGGUUCAGAAAUUACGAAAUACAGUGUGGAGAUUUCGGAAGGCACGGGCGAAGCGUCUUGGAAGACGGUGUACAGUGGAUCAGCCCUGGAACACGUGUGUGAGGGUCUGAAGCCUGGGUGCACCUACCAGAUCAGGGUGUGCUGCACCAGCAAAGGAGGCCAGAGCCCUGUAUCCGAGGCUCUGCAGGUCCAGACCCUGCCUGUCGCCCCUGGACCUUGUCUUCCUCCCAGGGUGGCUGGAAAGCCGAAAGCCCGUGAGCUGCAGCUCCGCUGGGGACCCCCCCAGGUUGACGGGGGCAGUGCAGUGUCGUGCUACAGCCUUCAGAUGGCAUGCGUGCAGGCAGAGGAGUACAGGGAAGUGUACCAGGGCUGCGACCCGGACUGUACCGUGAGCGGCUUGCUGCCUGGCACUGCGUACAGCUUCAGAGUGCGAGCUGCCAACAAGGCCGGGCACGGGCCCUUGUCCGAGCAGUGUGACGUGACGACGUCGCCCGGGGCUCCUGAGCAAUGUAAGGUGCUUCAGGUGGCCUGCAAGUCGCCCACGUGUGCUGUGAUCCGGUGGGAGGCGCCCCAGUGUAACGGCGCCCCCGUGGCAGAGUACCGGCUGGAGUGGGGGGCAGCUGAGGGUGGCAUGCAGACCUGCUACUCGGGCCCCGCGCUGAGCCACGAGGUCAGGGGCCUGCAGCCAGCCACCUACUACUUCUGCAGAGUACAGGCAGUGAACGCGGCGGGGGUGGGGCCUUUCUGCGAGGUGGCGACCUGCCAGACACCUUGCUCCGUGCCGGCAGCCGUGAGCAACAUUCACGCGCUGGAGGACUCCGAGCUGAGAGAGGAGCUGGAAGCGGCGGGAGGCGAUGAGGAGGACGGCGCCGAGCGGGACACGUCGUCCUCCUUCUGCCCUUCCUCCUGUCUUGGUCUGCGCUGGGAUACCCCAUGUGACCAUGGAGCAGAGAUCACCUCCUAUUGCAUUGACUUGGGAGACCGCCAACCCGUCAUCGUGGGACCAGUCACACGCUACAUCAUACAGAAUUUGCAGCCUGAGACCAGCUACAGGAUACGAAUUCAGGCCCUGAACAGUUUAGGCUCUGGACCCUUUAGCCACACAGUCCGGCUAAAAACCAAGGCCCUGCCCCCACUGCCCCCGCGACUGGAGUGUGCAGCCAUCAGCCACCAGACCCUGAAGCUGCGCUGGGGAGACGGCUCUGCCAAAGGCAGCUCCGACGCCAUACAGUACGAGCUUCAGAUGGAAGACAAGAAUGGAAGAUUCGUGUCUUUGUAUAAAGGGCCGUGCCACACACACAAGGUGCAGAGGCUGAAUGAGGCUACCUCUUACGCACUCCGCAUCCGCGCCUUAAACGAGGCAGGAGAAGGGCCCUUCUCAGAUGUUUACACGUUCACCACCCCCCUUUCCCCUCCCGGCCCUCUGAAAGCUCCUCGAAUCGACUGUCUGGAUGACCAUUCUUGUGACGUGAGCUGGGACCCUGUGCCGCCCAUGAAAGGAGAUUCUAUCAUUUAUACGCUGCAGUGCAUGAUGGGAAACUCAGCGUUCAAGCAGGUAUAUAAGGGUUCUGCCGCAUCGUUCCGGCUCUCGGGCCUGCAGCAGAACACUGAGUACCGUUUCCGCGUCUGCGCCAUCCGGCAGUGUCAAGCGCCGUCCGAGCUGAGCGGCCCCUACAGCUCCGCCGCCGUACUGUCCCUGCAGCGCAGUGAGACCGCGGCAGGCAGCAUCACGAGCGGGGCGGGGCCCCGGGCCCCCGACGCAGAGCGGCCGAGGGCCAGCCUUACCGACGAGCAGUGUGCCGCCCUCAUACUCCUGCUCUUCGCUGUCAUCUCUAUCCUUAUUGCCUUUGUCAUCCAGUACUUCGUCAUCAAAUAAUUUACAGUCAGAAUAAAUUAUUUUUUUAAGUUGUCAUUCUAGUUUUUGGUGGUUUUAUCUGCAUACAAGACUUCGGAAGCUGAGAUGGUUAACAGACCUGCAAAGAGCAGCGGAGGUCAAGCUUGGAGAGUCUCAGAGGGAACGAGAGCAUUAUAUUUUUAUACUGUCCUGUACCGUCUGGUUAAAAAAGGAUUGCACUAUGGGUUGUUUUUUGGAAGGAUCGGCGCAUUUUCAUUUUCAGUACAUUAGGUCUUUGGACCACAUCCCUGCCUUUUUAUGUGUACAUGUAUAUUAUGUUAUAGUCAUGUUUUUUCAGUUACCAUUUUCUUUUUAGAAUGCAGCAGAGUUUUAUUCCGGUGAUAAUUAAGCACAUACAUCAAAAUACAAGGUGAAGGUUAAGGGUGUGUGUGUGUGUAAGGGCAUGUCCUCCAGUAUGAUGAAGGUAGUGUAGUACUACAGAUCGAGUAGUAACUGUAGUGUUAACAAGAAUUUACGGUAUUAUACUGCUGGUAUUCUAAGUACUUUCCCAUAUUUGCAUAUCAGAGGGUGGAAAAUAGCUUCGGGGUGGGGUGAUGAUCAGUAUGUGGGCCCUGUAAGGAUGAACAGGUGUUUGGGGGGGAAGCGUGCUUAUUUUAACUGUACCCAUACGUUUCAGCUUGGCAAAGAGGAGGUUAUUUCUUGCGGAGAUCUUUCUCGAUUUGCAUCUUUAUGAAAUGAGGGUGAAUGCAUGCUCUUCCCAUGAUGCGUUUCAGAGAACCAAAGCCCUACUUGUGAAUUUUAUAACUUAGCAAAAAUGCAAAAUCCUGAAACCGUCGGGUGUAAUCCUUAUUUUUUAGUCCAAUUAAAUGGACACUGAUUGCCUCAGACCACUAAUAUUACUAUUAAAUUUAACACUAGUAAAUUCUGUCUUUAAUUCUUGGAACAGUAAUUUUUCUUUUAAAAAAAAAAACUAAAACAAUUAGCACUUUACUUUUUAAUGUUCUUUCAUGAAAAUGUUUCUUUUUACAAGGAGUUUGCUUUUGCUUUUUCAGACACUUAAAAUGGAAUGAAUCAAUUGUCAGGUCAUAUUCACGGUCAUUGUAUUUGGAUAUGCAUCUUACUGUUGCAGGUACUGCGUUGGAAAUCUUGCAACAAAUAAUGUUUAUCUGUUAGACACCUUGUAGUUGACUUUUCUUUGUCAUAGUAAAUCUCAAAUUCCUAUUUUUGAUAGUAAUGAAAUGUAAUUGCAACUUGUGCCAUUUUACAUCUGCUUUUAUGGCUGUCUUCAAUGCUGUGUAUUGGGGAGUAAAAUUAAAUUCAACAAAAAAAGUAAUUUUGAUGUUUGCAUUUACCUCACACACUACAUUCCAAAUGAAAUCAAAUUCUGGUAUAUAACCAAAACUUGAAACUGUACGCCAUAAUGUAUAAUCUCAAAUAUUGUAUAUAUUAAAAGUGUAAUUCAAUAGCUAUAUCUACAUAUAGAACCAUGAAUAAUAAAAGAUAAUCUUCUUAUUGGGUCA